UACAAGUACACCAUACCCAAAGAAGCCCCAUAUGCUGGACUCAAUAUAACCACAUCAAGCUCUGCGUCUCCAGAGAAGAAUCUUUCCAUUUCUUCUUUACGGUCUCUGCCGCUUCCUUCUUCAUCCCUCUUUCUGUCCCAGCUUUCCUUCCCUUUGACGAAGCUGAAGAAAAUUUUGACGAAGCUGAAGAAAAUUUUUAACUUCUUCUGAGUGAUGGGUGUGAGCUGCCGCUGUUCCCACACAUCCCAUAUCACAGAAAUCAUCAUCACUAGCUUCUUUCGCCACAAGCCUUGAGAAGUAGAGAAUUUUAUAUUCUUUAAAUCAAAGAAACCAAAAACCAGGGUGACCUUUUUGUUUAUUUUGGAUCAUCUGAUGGUGAGGAUUAAGAUAAUAUCUUGAAAAACAAGAAGAUUGGUCCUUUAGCUUGAAAUUCUCAUGGCGGGUAGGAGGGUCUGUCCUACUAAUACUAGUACUGAUGGUGGUUCUAACAAUCUCUCUCUUUUACUUCGAAGUCAAAGGGUUGCUUCCUCUUCUGAGCCUCUUGAUCCUCUUUUCAUUCCAGGCUCUUCUCCUUCUUUUCUUGGUACAAGAUCGAUGGUAAGCUUUGAAGAUUUCCAUCGAACAAACAGAGCAAACAGAUCAUUUUUUAGGACGUUUGAUCAAGAAGACAAUGGAGAUGAAGAUUUAGAUGAGUAUUUUCAUCAACCUGAAAAGAAAAGACGGCUCACAGUUGACCAAGUCAGGUUUCUAGAGAAAAGUUUCGAGGUCGAGAAUAAGCUUGAACCUGAAAGGAAAAUUCAGCUGGCUAAAGAACUUGGAUUGCAACCCCGGCAAGUUGCCAUAUGGUUUCAAAACCGCCGGGCUCGAUGGAAGACAAAGCAACUGGAGAAAGACUAUGACACUUUGCAAGCCAGCUAUAAUAGCCUCAGGGCUGACUAUGAUAAUCUCCUCAAGGAGAAAGAUAAACUAAAAGAAGAGGUUCUUCAGCACACAGAUAAGUUGCUUAUGAAAGAAAAAGAGAAGGGGAACUCUGAAGUUUCUGAUGUGAACACAUUGUCACAAGAACCACCACAAAAGCCUGUUGUUGCUGAAGCGGCUUCCGAGGGUGAAGAGUCUAAGGUUUCACUGGUGGCCUGUAAACAGGAAGAUAUCAGUUCUGCCAAAAGUGAUAUAUUUGAUUCAGACAGCCCACAUUACACUGAUGGAGUUCAUUCGUCACUCUUGGAGGCUGCUGAUUCAUCUUAUCCUUUCGAACCAGACCAGUCUGAUUCCUCACAAGAUGAGGAAGAUAACUUGAGCAAGGGCCUGUUACAUCCUCCUUCAUACAUCUUCCCAAAACUUGAAGACGACGAUUACUCCGACCCGCCUGCAAGUUCGUGUAAUUUUGGAUUCCCUGUUGAAGAUCAUGCCUUUUGGUCUUGGGCUUAUUAAGUUAUAUCUCAUAAUCCAAUCCUGAUAUAAAUAUGAUCUUUCUUGUGUAUUAUUACUUCUUGUUUAAAGUCAUCUUGUACUAGUAACUAUAAAAAAGCAAUAAAAACCCAAUCAAUGGCACCCCAAUACAAAUGUGUGUUGGUGGUGGGUUUUGGUUGUAGUUGGAAAAAUUGGUGGUUUUUUUGCCCCCUGUAAUCUUGGCUUUUUUGGGGGUUCUUAGAGUUGAAUGAAGGUUUUUUUUUUGGCUUUACUCCCCUGGAAUGUAAUUAAAUAACAUCUUUUCUGAGAAGAGUGGUUGGAAACUGUUGUCCAUAAUCGGUUCUUUUGGUUGCAAUUUUGUUCAUGCUUUAAAAAGUGAGAAUGCAAACCUGAGGGCUGAGGCAGGGUGGAGAUCAUUGGUUUAAAGUCUUGCACCGGAAACUUUGUUAAAAGAAAAAACAAAAUACAUCCCAUUCUGUCUUUUGCCUGCCAUGAUCAUUCUGAAACCAAAAUUCAAUGUGCUAAAGAUCAAAAUAAAAGUUGGUUUUUAAUUGUGUUACUGUAAAGCUGAAAAAGUUUUGUAUACCAUAUGAAAAAGCCUAUGAAUGUAUUAUGUGCAAUAAUAGAUGCUUUGAUUUACAUAAUUUCUGUAGAUUCUGUAUAAAUACUUACUCUACAGUUUCAGUUGCUUUAAUAACGAGCUGCAUUAAUGUUGCAGAACAGUUUGUUGCUUGACUUCCCGUCGACGUAUCAAUGAUUUUAUCCUUGGGAUUGGCUACACAAAGGGAGAUAUGUGGAUUUAUUAUUGUGCAAUCUGAAUUAUUGGAUGAACUAUUGAGGAAACACUCCAUGUGAACGGUUUUACUAUACCAUAAAAUUUCAUUAUGGUUUGUGUGUUUUUUCUCACUAUUCUUUUGGUUUGCUUGAAAUUGAAGGAACUGUAGGAUAGGCAGGACAAUCAAAGGAAGAAAAAUCACAUAGAUGAAAUAGUAGUAAUUGACACCCAUUGUUUUAUUAAAUUCAGAGGGGAGGAAUCAUAGAGGGAAGAGUUUAGGUGACAAAAAUUUCAUAGGGAAAUGCCUAUGAAAACGAAAUUAAUGAAUUGGAUUAUUUCCCCAAUCAACAUUUUGUCAGUGGCCCCAUUAAUC